AUGGCGGCGUCUCUCUCCCCCGCGGCGCUCUCGGCUGUAGCCUCCGCCCCCAGGGCGGCGACGAUGAGGAAGAAGGCCGGGUCCGCCGCCGUGUGCGUGGGGGAACUGGGCUCCUUCGGGGGGCUCAAGGCCCACAACGGCGUGUCCUCCCUCGGCCAGCGGGACUGCGCUGACCGGUCGUUUGCAAGGAUCGUCGGCUCCCUGAGGGCAUCGGCGGCGGGGGGGAAGAAGGGCAGGGGCGGAGCGUUCUCCGCCACCUGCAACGCGUCGGAGGAGAUAUUUCGGAUCGCCGCCAUCAUGAACGGGCUCGUCCUCGUCGGUGUCGCCGUGGGGUUCGUGCUCCUGCGAAUCGAGGCGUGGGUGGAGGAAUCGGAGGCGGAGUGA